UUGGGAGCAAGGAGGACGGAGGAUAAAGGUGGAGCCUGGGGUGGCCGCAGGCGUUAUGAGCUUAGGGUGUCUGGCGAAGAGGACGGUGCUGUGCGGGCUGUUGGCAACGCGAGGCCUGACCAGGACUAUGUGCGCUCAAGAAACUGACUGGCAGUCUGCCAAAUCCAUCUACGAAUUCCAUGCCAGAGACAUUGAUGGCAAUGACGUUUCGCUCGAGAAGUACAGGGGCCACGUCUGCAUCAUCACCAAUGUGGCGUCGAAAUGAGGCAAGACCGGUGUAAACUACACUCAGUUUGUCGACAUGUAUGGCAGAUAUGCUGAGCAAGGUUUACGCAUCUUGGCCUUCCCCUGUAACCAGUUUGGCAAGCAGGAGCCAGGCACCAACGAGGAGAUCAAAGCAUUUGCUGCUGGCUACGGGGUGAAGUUUGACAUGUUCAGCAAGAUUGACGUCAAUGGAGACGGCUCCCACCCUCUCUGGAAGUGGAUGAAGCAUCAGCCCAAAGGCAGGGGCACCCUGGGGAACGCAAUAAAGUGGAACUUUAGCAAGUUCCUUAUUGACAAGGAGGGGCAGGUGGUCAAGAGGUACAGUCCGAUGGACGACCCGUUUGCAAUCGAGAAGGACCUGCUCCGUUACUUGUAGGGCUGCCUCGACGUGACCCUGGAGACCCACCCACCGAGCCACCCACUUUGCUCCGUGCCUGCUUUCCUGCUUUCCUGUGAAGUUUGCCCCCAUGACGGCCUACCUUCAAGCCAAGCCCAUUUGGUGAGGCAGGUCUGAAAAAAUAUAUGUAUAUAUUUGGCAAGCUCACAGAGGGAGGGGAAGGCUCCGCCGGGCUAGUGGCUGUAAAUUCUCGGGCUGAAGUGCCCGCCAGCUUUGUAGCAAUUAAACUGUUCUUGUUCUCCUCGCAA